GAUUAAUGUAAAAACACUUAAAAUAAAAAAGUAAUAGUUUGCUAUAAUUAUAAAAAAAACACUGUACAAACUGGAUAUAAUCCAGGACAUUGCCUAAUUAAUGUCAGAUCCUCGACACUUCCGACGCAUCUCCUGUUGUCUCGUCUUUCUGGGCAUCUUUCUCCUCAUCGCCGGAAGUAUAGCCCGUUUCGUGAUCGGCAAUGACAGCCCGCCCUCCAAGGAAUUUGACAAUAAAUUCUUUAACGAUGCCGAGAGUGACUUUGCCAAAGGUCCCAGAUUUGUA